CUGUCUCUUGGGGGGGGGGGGCUCUUUACUCUCCGGGGCCCCUCCCCAUCUGUCUCCGAUUGGACUGAGCACAUACAUCUCGCGGGCGGGGGCUCCCCCUGCCCCGGGGAUGUGCCCACUCUCCCCCAUGGGGAAAAUGGGGUCACAUUGGAGAGGGAGGGAGGGAGAAAUGUGAUUUAUUGAUCAUCCGCCACCUUCCGAGGGCGACCCACCAACCUACCAUGUUUUCCAAGUAUUUAUUAAGUACCUACUGCGUGGUAGGACCGCGCCCACCCUAAUGGAGAACAACUUAUAAUAAGCAAUGGUAACACUUUUGAGAAAAACCACAUCGAAAGACUUUCCCGGGGCCCAGGCUCCGUCUUUGCGCAUCUCAGAAUCUCACUUUUCCGAAUCUGCAAGAUGGGCACGAGAGGGCGGUUCCAGGGGGCGGGGGGAAGGAGAGACGGAAGCAUCUACGCAUGCGCCUCCUAGGGGCGGGGCUUCUCUAACGAGGGCGUCGUGACGUCACCCAAGUCGGUCAGAUGAGAUCACGUGACGAGGGCGAGCAACGGAGGCCGGCUGUUUUCUCACGUGACACGCGGAGAGGGGUGGACUACUGUCACGUGGCGCUGAGCACAGCAAAGAUAGUGCUGGGCAAGGCCGCGCAUUCGCUGUCGCGCAUCGGAGACGAGCUCUACCUGGAACCGCUGGAGGACGGGCUCUCCCUGCGCACGGUGAACACGUCGCGCUCGGCCUUCGCGUGCUUCCUCUUCGCGCCGCUCUUCUUCCAGCACUACCAGGCGGCCCGGCCCCCGCAGAGGCAGCCGCCGCGCUGCAAGGUCCUCAUGAAGUCCUUCCUGGCCGUGUUCCGCUCGCUGGCGGCGCUAGAGAAGACGGUGGAGCGCUGCUGUAUCACCCUGAGUCCCGAGAGCAACCGCCUGGUGGUCCAGCUGCACUGCAAACACGGUGUGACCAAGACCUACAACCUGUCCUUCCAGGAGUGCGAGUCCCUGCAGGCCAUCUUUGACCCCGCGGAGUGCCCCCACCUGCUACGCGCCCAGGCCCGGGUGCUGGUGGAGGCCGUGUCGCCGUUCUCACCGGCGCUGUCGGAGGUGACGCUGGGGGUGAGCCGGGGGCGCCGAGUGGUCUUCAGGAGCUACCUGGAGGACGAUACAGAUGCUGCCAGGGCGAUGAUGACCGAGAUGAGCCUCAGUGAGGACGAGUUCCAGCAGCUGCAGGCCCAGGAGGGCGCCUCCAUCACCUUCUGCCUCAAGGAGUUCCGGGGUCUCCUGAGUUUCGCAGAGUCCGCCAACCUUUCCCUCAACAUCCACUUUGAUGUUCCCGGCAGGCCGGCCAUCUUCACCAUUGAGGACUCGCUGCUGGACGGUCAUUUUGUCCUGGCCACCCUCGCUGAGCCACAGGCCGGGCAGGAGCCUGGGCAGGGGCCUCACAGCACCACACACCAGGAUGACUUCGCCAAUGACGACAUUGACUCUUACAUGAUUGCCAUGGAAACAACUGUGGGUGAAGGGGUGGCUGAGGGCCCCCGGACUCCUUCCCCCGUGUCAGAGGAAGAGGAGGCAGAGUCCAAUGUGAUACCUGGGACCCCUCCUCUAAAAAAGUUCCGUUCCCUCUUCUUCGGUUCAGUAUUGGCCCCGAUGGAGCCCCCCUCCGAACCCAACCCGGUGCUGGCCGAGGACAGCGAAGGAGAGGGCUGAGCCCGGCUUUGGGGCUCCUAUAGCUGUGCCACCUCAGGAGGAAGCUUCGACGCCCGCCUGGCUCAUGCCGGGAAAGGCCCGGCCGCUGCUUGGAGGGAGCGGCGUUCUCGGUGGAGAUGCCCCCUCGGCGGGCAGGGGGCGGGCGGCUGCCACGGCCAUCCCAGGCGGCACCUGGUCCCUCAAUAAAGCCUCCCUAACUCAAA